AUGGCCCGAUUUUCCAUCCAAGUGGCCCCCGAAGUGAAGGACCCGCCGUCCGCCAAAGGUUCCACCUCCCCAAUGAUGACGGGGAUGCAGAGGCUCGAGUCCGUGGCUGGCUUCGUGUAUGUGCUGGAGACUGUAGCGCUCAGUGUCGUGUACGUGUUGCUGCUGUUUCCGACGUUGGCCAACCAAUUGAGCUGGGCAGUUGUUCCUGGGGGGCUGUGCAAUCUGCACUUGGGACUCCAAGCGUCGUCUACGAUCCCACUCAUGGCGUCGUCGUCGGCCGUUGUCCGGGGGCGUCCGUGGAGUCCACAUGUCGUCCAAGGCCUCCACGCCAACGAGCUCAACACGGGCCUGCCGACGCAUUACUGCUGGAUGGACUUUGACCAGCACUUCCAGAUGGCCCGCACCGCCGUCCGUCUAGCGCGAUGUGCCGCCUCGUACACGACCUACGCGGCUGUGCAUUUGGAAGCCAUCUUGCGGAACGUUCCGUUCAGUGGGAUUCUUCUAUGGUGGGUUUAA